GUAAACUAUUUUAACGAUCUGGUUAGUGGGUUUUCAAACUAAAAGCUGUGGGAUUGAUCCGAACAUAUGACAAGCUUAUAAAUAAAAGUAAUACACUAAUCGCUGUGUGGAUUCAUCAGACAAGCCAUCCAAGUUUUCAUGCUAAGCGCCCAUCGGAGCCCAUGAAGGAGAGACAUUCCACAGAACUGAGGCUAGAACGGGAAAUCCCAGUGGUAUUAAUCACAGUUAUUGCUUAGAGAAUUGGGGCAAAGGAAUGGCUCUGAAGACAUCUCCUUUUCCAAAUGGGUUUGCUGCAGGCAUCCAUGCUGUGGGAUGGGUCUUCAUCCUGCCUUGUUUCUGGUGUCUUAACCACCUUCUUGCUGUGUGCCAUCCCACCACUCAGGAGCAAACCCAGCAACUCGAGCAAGAAUGCUACCUCUACCCCCUCAAGGCCUUUUUUGGCUCCAUUAUCUUAUUCAUUCUUUUUCUCACUACAGCCCCUUUGGCCUUCCUGGGCUUUCUGCUCUGGGCUCCAGUUCAGGCCUACCGCAGACCCUUUUGCUACUACAGAGCGAUGCAAUCCUCACCAGAGAAGGAGACACACAGGGGCUUUGAGCUUGUAGGAAAGGCAUCAUUUGGCUUUGUAACAGCCAACGUGUGUCUUUUGCCUGAAGCCAUAGCUCGCUUUAACAACAUAGGGCACACCCGGCGGAGGGCGGCUGCUAUUGGUCAGCACAUUGUGCAGGGUGUGUGUCGACCUGAUAUCCAAAUCUUUGUUGAUUCCCCCAGCAGCUGUGGUACGCUCAGCCCCUCCAGCAGUAUAUUUCCUGUAGCUAACUCAUACACAUAUGGUGCUACGGAUAGACAGGCUCAGCCCCUAGAGAAUCAUUAUUUGGAUUCAUCUACAGGAAAUGUUGCAAUGCCAUGUGAUGUUACAGAAGAGUCCUGGGCCGAGUCACCUUCUGUCCUCCUCAGUUCCAAUCAGAACCCGAACCAGCAGGGCCAAAUGGUUCACCGGAGUGCCCACCGAGCUUUGCUCUCCCAGGGUCUCCACCAGCAGGAUGAUGUACCCUGGGAAGUGUCGUCAAUGUUUCCAGCCAGUGUGGACAUAGUGUGCCUGGAGGAGGUGUUUGAUAAGGGGGCUGCACAGAAACUCAUCCAAGCAUUAAGACCUGUGUUUGGACACAUACUGUAUGAUGUUGGUGUGUAUGCCUGCUACCCACCAUGCAGAUGUUCCUCUUUCAAGUUCAUGAACAGUGGGUUGUUCCUAGCCAGCCGAUUCCCAGUGCUUGAGGCCCGGUACUGCUGCUUUCCCAACUGUUGUUGGGAAGAUGCGCUAGCUGCUAAAGGCCUCCUUUCUGCCAAGGGUGUGUGUCGACCUGAUAUCCACAGCUUUGCUGAUUCUCCCAGCAGCUGUGGUACAACAGCCAACGUGUGUCUUUUGCCUGAAGGCUUAUCUCGCUUUAACAACCUAGCACACACCCAGCGGAGGGCGGCUGCUAUUGGUCAGCACAUUGUGCAGGGUGUGUGUCGACCUGAUAUCCAAAUCUUUGUUGAUUCCCCCAGCAGCUGUGGUACGCUCAGCCCCUCCAGCAGUAUAUUUCCUGUAGCUAACUCAUACACAUAUGGUGCUACGGAUAGACAGGCUCAGCCCCUAGAGAAUCAUUAUUUGGAUUCAUCUACAGGAAAUGUUGCAAUGCCAUGUGAUGUUACAGAAGAGUCCUGGGCCGAGUCACCUUCUGUCCUCCUCAGUUCCAAUCAGAACCCGAACCAGCAGGGCCAAAUGGUUCACCGGAGUGCCCACCGAGCUUUGCUCUCCCAGGGUCUCCACCAGCAGGAUGAUGUACCCUGGGAAGUGUCGUCAAUGUUUCCAGCCAGUGUGGACAUAGUGUGCCUGGAGGAGGUGUUUGAUAAGGGGGCUGCACAGAAACUCAUCCAAGCAUUAAGACCUGUGUUUGGACACAUACUGUAUGAUGUUGGUGUGUAUGCCUGCUACCCACCAUGCAGAUGUUCCUCUUUCAAGUUCAUGAACAGUGGGUUGUUCCUAGCCAGCCGAUUCCCAGUGCUCGAGGCCCGGUACUGCUGCUUUCCCAACUGUCGUGGGGAAGAUGCACUAGCUGCUAAAGGCCUCCUUUCUGCCAAGGUACUAAUUGGGCAGAAUCAGAAACGGAAGAAAGUGGUUGGAUAUAUUAACUGCACACACCUUGAUGCACCAGAGGGUGAUGGGCAAAUUCGCUAUGAGCAGUUGAAUAUGAUAACCAAAUGGACGGGUGAUUUUCAAACCGCCUACAGGCAGCCUGAUGAGGAUGUUGCUUUUGAUGUGCUCUGUGGUGAUUUCAACUUUGACAACUGCUCACCUGGCGACGCACGGGAACAGAAUCACUGUUUGUUUGAGGAGUACAGAGAUCCUUGUAGGGCAGGACCUGGAAAAGAGAAGCCCUGGGCCAUUGGUACUCUGCUGGAACAGCCCACCUUGUAUGAAGAUGACGUAAAUACCCCAGAGAAUCUACAAAGGUAUGCCCAGUUCCCCUGUCUUCAAUUCACUGUCUUCUCUCUGUGUUUGUGUCAGCCAUGGAUUGGAAGGCGGAUUGACUAUAUCCUGUACCGUGAAAGCACCAUUUCAAAGCACUGCAGAACAGAAAUUGAAGCAGAGACCUUGAUAACUCAGUUGGCUGGACUCACUGACCAUAUUCCUGUGGGUCUGAGACUGAAUGUGACAAUGAACUCGGACUGCAUUGAUGAAUGAGGACUAACGUGAGCCCAGCGUCACAUGGAGUUAAAGGGAACACAAUCUACAGAAAUAUACAUUGACAUACAGGCACAAUAAUAUUUUGUUUACAUACUAGCACUUGUGAUUUCAGAAUCACUGUACUCACCAGUAAGGUUAUAUCUCAGGUGAAAUUAAUAUGGGUUUUAUGAUGUAUA